AUGGGUAGCUUGCCACUGGACGCGCCAAUGAAGCCACUGGACCCCCACGCCAUCGCCGGCGACUCGCAGGCCAUUCUAGAAUUCCUCGCCGAGUACUACCAUGACGUCGACAAGUACCCGGUGAGGGCGGCGGACCUGGAGCCAGGCCGGGUCCGCAAACUGCUCCCCGAGGCCGCGCCAGAGCACGGCGAGCCGAUGGAGCACAUACUGGAGGACGUGAGGCGGGACAUCCUGCCGGGGCUCACCCACUGGCAGAGCCCCCGCUUCUUCGCCUUCUUCCCAAUGAAUGCCAGCUCCGCUGGGCUCGCGGGGGAGAUGCUGUCGGGGAGCACGUGCGAGGCCGUGGCGUGCACGCUCGCCGCCGCGCGGGACCGCGCGCUGGGUAGGCUCGGCGGGCACGAGGCCAUCGCCAGGCUCGUGGUCUACGCCUCCGACCAGACGCACGCCACGUUCCAGAAGGGCGCCCGGCUCGUCGGGAUCCCGUCCUCCAACUUCCGCGUCAUCAGGACGUCCGCGGCUUCCGGGUACGGCCUCACCGCGGAAGCCGUCCGCGCGGCCGUCGACCGCGACGUCGGCCUCGGGCUGGUGCCGCUGUACCUCUGCGCCACGGUGGGCACGACGGGGCUCGGCGCCGUCGACCACGUUCGCGAGCUCGGGGAGGAGGCGCGCCGCCAUGGCAUGUGGGUGCACCUCGACGCAGCGUACGCCGGCAGCGCGGCCAUCUGCCCGGAGUUCCAGGACUACCUCGACGGCGCGGAGCUCGCCGACUCGGUGAGCAUGAACCCGCACAAGUGGUUCCUUACCAACAUGGACUGCUGCUGCCUGUGGGUGGCAAGACCCCGUGACCUAACCUCCGCGCUGUCCACCGACCCGGAGUACCUCAAGAAUGUCGGCGCGGACGACGGCGGCGCAGGAAAUCCGGCCGCCAUAGACUACAAGGACUGGCAGAUCUCCAUGUCGCGCCGGUUCCGUGCCAUCAAGCUCUGGGUCAUACUGCGGCGGUACGGUGCGGCUGGCAUGCGUGCGCACAUCCGUCGGCACGUCGCAGCAGCCAAGUGGUUCGAGCAGAGAGUGGCGGCCGACGAACGCUUCGAGGUGGUGGUCCCGAGGAGGUUCUCCCUGGUAUGCUUCCGCCUCGCACCGCGGUUCGGCCGGGACGACGACGACGGCGACGACGCCACGAACCACGUGAACCGGGAUCUCCUCGCGGCGGUGAACGCGAGCGGGCGGGCGUUCAUAACGCACUUCGUGGUGGACGGCAAGUUCGUGAUCCGGCUAGCUGUCGGCGGUGCCUCGACGGAGCUGCAGCACGUCAUGGAGGUGUGGGACCUGCUGCAGGGCAAGGCCGCUGAGGUUCUACAGCACUAUGUGAAGCCUAACGGGCUCUAG